AUGUCGCUUCACUACAUCCCGCUCUCAAUCCCCUCGAUGCUGGCGUUCGCCGCGCUCCUUUGCUUCACGCACGCGUCCUCCCUGCCGAUGGCAUCGAUCAUGGCUUCUCCUCACGCGAAAUCCGGGCUCACUGAGCCCGCAAGUGCCGAGUCUUACGCUUCUCCGCACGUCACCGUGCUCUACGAGGAAAAUGUUGAUUUCGCAAACCUCGCCUUCGACUCGCUCUCGCUCUUCUACGAGACUGAGUCGACCCUCUCGACGUGCUCUGCAUCGGCCGCUGGCACUCCCUACGCUUCUUCGAUCGCCGACAGCAGCAUCGGCCUCAACGUGCCGCCGACGCACCGUCGCACGACCGUCGAUCCUUAG